CUUGUCCCCGUCUCUCACGACGGACUGGACAUUCAUCCCGUCUCUACCUGGAACUUGUCUUGCCUUUCAGUUACCAACUUACUGUAUUUACUUUCUACGUAUGCAGUACCACUGACGACACCUAACAACAGUGUCACAGGCCCUCAGUUCCUCCCACCCCCCACACACCACCUACUACUACACUACACACCAUACGCCACAAGAUCUUUUUUUUUAUUUCAAACACAUAAACACACCUUCACACUCCAGUUCCCUCAUGUCGAAUGCACGAGAUUCGGCCUCCUCUUCGUCCAUCUUUUGCUGCUUCUCAUAAUCUCUCUUCCACUACACCGGCCGGUCCGUCCAUCGAACUACUCCCUCUUGUCGAUCGCAGACAGAAACAACAGAAUUCCCCGGAUCAUCACCCUCAACGAGAAUUCAAACGUCUACGUAAGCUCCUGCAACUCGCGGAGCGUGAAGAGAUGAAGUUCUCGCACAGUAUCCAGUUCAACGCCGUUCCGGACUGGAGCAGCAAUUACAUUUCUUACAGCAAUCUAAAAAAGCUCAUCUACACCCUCGAGAAACAACUCAACAAACCUCCCGGCGAGGCACAGGAUGAAGAGAACACGGCCUUGCUGGGCGGCCAGCUGGACCCGGACACCACCUUCAAGCGCAUGCUCGAUUCGGAACUCGACAAGGUGUGCUCGUUUUACAGACUAAAAGAACUGGAAAUCUUUGGCGACCUCGAACAAUUGCUCAAGGAUGCGGAAAAGUACGAGUCGGAAACGAAAGAUCUGGACAUGGACGAGGUCGUCGACCUGGAGAACCGGCGCAAGAUGACCCGGUCCCAGAGCAUAUUCAACGUGCCCUUCCGGCGCAGGAGGCGGGCCUCCACCAUGAGCGUGAGCAUCGAGGGGCCCGAGAUGGAGGAGGACGACAGUGACAGUGACGCCGAAGACAACUCGGCCAUGCUGAGGAAGAAGCCCUCGCACCGGCCGAGGAGCAAGAGUGCGUGGAACGCCACCGGGACUACCGACCGCAUGGACCUGGGCGAUUCGAGAGAGAGUCUCCCGCGCCCGGACUCACCGACCUACUUGAGACGGAGACCUAGUUUGGCCAUGGAGUUGGAAGGUUCGGAACCGGGGGUCAUGUCGGCACUGUACGACUCGGCCAUCACCCUCAAGAAGAGAAUCAUCAACGUCUACGUGUCGCUGUGUGAGUUGAAGUCCUUCAUCCAACUCAACCAGACGGGUUUCAAAAAGGCGGCCAAAAAAUACGACAAGGUGUGCAACCGGGACAUCCGCAAAGACUAUCUCGAAAAGGUCGUCAAUCCGUCGUACCCAUUCCUCGACUCGACCAUGACACGUCUCGAAGAGAACAUCGGCCAAGCCGAAAGGUGCUACGCGGAUAUCGUCACCAAAGGAGACCAAGAUCUGGCUCGACGAGAAUUGCGCCUCCAUCUACGGGAACAUGUCGUCUGGGAAAGGAACACGGUCUGGCGAGAAAUGAUCGGCAUCGAACGCAAAGCACAAGCCGCGAAUUUUGGCAUCAGGCAAACCUUGCUGGGCGGCGUGCAGGAUCCCUCGCAGGCGCGAUUACAAGGGGAUCGCGACGAGAUUUCGACCAAGGAAAUCGAAACUCCCGUCGGUCGUUACAGGUGUCCGAAAUGGUUGUUCAGCUCGACAUUCUUCGCGCUGAUAGCCAUCUUGGGCGUCUUCCUCGUGCUUCUCUUUGUGCCUAUCAUGAAGAAACCCGAACAGCAGAAUUGUCUUGCAAUGCUGGUAUUCGUGUCCCUCUUGUGGGCGACCGAGGUCAUCCCUCUGUUCGUCACGUCACUCCUCGUGCCGUUCCUGGUGGUCGUGCUGCGCAUCAUGCGCUCCGAGGACAAACCGCACGAACGACUCGAUUCGAAAGCCGCGACCAAAGCCGUCUUUGCCGCCAUGUGGACUCCCGUCAUCAUGCUGUUGCUAGGUGGGUUCACCAUCGCCGCUGCGCUCUCCAAAUACCACAUUGCCAAAAUGAUGGCGACGUUCGUGCUCAGCAAAGCAGGCACAAAGGCCCGCACCGUGCUCAUCACCAACAUGUUCGUCGGCAUGUUCUUGAGCAUGUGGAUCUCCAACGUCGCCGCCCCUGUCUUGUGCUUCAGCAUCAUCCAACCCAUCCUGCGCAAUCUACCCGCCGACAGCAACAUGUCCAAAGCACUGAUCCUGGGAAUCGCCCUCGCCUCGAACAUUGGCGGCAUGGCUUCGCCGAUCGCAUCACCACAGAACAUCGUCGCGUUGCAGAACAUGAAACCCGGCCCGAGUUGGGGCGUGUGGUUCUUCGUCGCCAUCCCCGUAUGUGUCAUCAGCAUCGUGCUGAUCUGGCUGUUGUUGCUGGUCUCGUUCAAGCCGGGCCGAGGAACGACGAUCGUGCCGAUUCGCCCGAUGAAGGACAAACUCAACGGCAUUCAAUAUUUCAUCAUCCUCGUCACGCUGGUGACCAUCGUCCUGUGGUGCACGUCGCAUCAACUCGAGGGCAUUUUCGGUGAUAUGGGCGUGAUCGCCAUCAUCCCCUUGGUCUUGUUCUUUGGAACGGGAAUCUUGACAAAGGAAGAUUUCAACAAUUUCUUGUGGACCAUUAUCAUUCUCGCCGCCGGAGGGUUGAGUCUCGGCAAGGCGGUCUCGUCGUCCGGCUUGCUGCACACGAUAGCCCAGCACAUCACGGAAGGUGUUUCGGAACUGUCCAUGUACGGCGUGCUGGUCGUCUUUGCCGCCCUGAUCCUGGUCGUGGCCACCUUCAUCUCACACACCGUCGCCGCGUUGAUCAUCUUGCCGCUGGUCCAGCAGGUCGGAGCGGGAAUGAAUGAACCCCACCCCAAUUUGUUGGUCAUGGGUUCGGCCUUGAUGUGUUCGGCCGCCAUGGGUUUACCUACCAGUGGAUUUCCAAACAUGACUGCAAUUAUGAUGGAAGUUCCAGAAACCGGUGUUAGAUAUCUAAGGGUCAAACACUUUUUGACUAGGGGCGUACCGUCGUCCAUUAUGUCUUUUGCGGUCAUUGUGACUGUUGGAUAUGGUCUCAUGAUGGCCGUAGGCCUGUAAUAUACCAAUAAUAAUUAUGAUAUAUGUCUCUCUCUUCUUUUUAAAAAAAGAGAGAGAAAAAUGAGAUGUCACAACUUUGGG